GCCAGCAAUAGGCUGCGAUUCACUUGCGUGGAAUCUGUAGCUGCUGCAUGUGCAAGCGAGCGAGUAGUAGGAAGUACGUGUCGAGUAGAGUUGAAGCAAACUCUGGUUGAAGUAGCGAACAUUGGCGUCGAUGUGGAUCAAUAUUACUCGCGGAUAAAUUACUCAACCAUACCAUAGUUGUGAGGUGGGGUUGUACUAUAGGCUACACGUCAAGCUUUCCCGGCGGCAUCUGGGAGGGAGAGAGUGCUGUGGCUUACUGGUUUUGCCGGGGACGAAACGGCGUGGGUUAGCUAAGGUGGGCCUUGCCUGGGUAUAUUAUUUACCAGCUAGCUAGAUAGCGACUUCAAAUAAAAUAAAGUGUUGUUAACCAACACUAGCUAACAACUUGCACGUUUUCCGCUGCGAAUAGCAAUUUGACAGCCUCCUGGGCGCAUCCUGAUCCGAAACUGCUUGGAGUAUCACUCACACUAGCUAACGUUACAGUAGCUAAAUGGCAGAUAACCUGAGCGACGCGUUGAAGAAGCUGAAGCUAGCCUCAGCGGACAGCGCCACAGACAGUGUGGAGAGCUGCCUGGACUGCUUGCUCAAAGCACUGGCCCACAACAAUGCUAAUGCCAGUGAGAAGGUCCAGGAGAUGGGCGUUCUCUCCCUGCUUCCCACCCUGCUGGCCCCACAGUCCUCCUGCACCCCCAAAGUAGCCAACAUCAUAGCUGAGGUGGCCAAAAAUGAGUUCAUGCGGAGCCCCUGUGUGGAGGCAGGCCUCAUCCCUCCCCUGGUGCAGCUGCUCCACUCCAAGGACCAGGAGGUGCUGCUGCAGACAGGCCGCGCCCUGGGCAACAUCUGCUAUGACAGCCAUGAGGGCAGGAGUGCAGUUGACCAGGCGGGAGGGGCUCAGAUAGUAGCUGGACACAUAAAGUCACUGUCCCAAAAUACUGACCCGGACAAUGGAAAGCUCUUGACUGUCUUUUGUGGCAUGCUGAUGAACUAUAGCAAUGAAAAUGACUCCUUGCAGGCCCAGCUGAUCAACAUGGGCGUGAUCCCCACCCUGGUGAAGCUGCUGGGGCUCCACUCAGACAACACGGCUCUUACAGAGAUGUGCCUCAUCGCUUUCGGAAACUUGGCUGAGCUCGAGUCCAGUAAGGAACAGUUUGCCUCCACGAACAUCGCUGAGGAGCUGGUACGUCUGUUCCAGAAGCAGGCAGAGCACGAGAAGAAGGAGAUGAUCUUUGAGGUCCUGGCUCCACUCGCUGAGAAUGAUGUGAUCAAGCUGCAGUUGGUGGAGGCGGGCCUGGUGGAGUGUCUGUUAGAUGUGGUGACUCACACCGUGAAUGGGGAGAGGGAUGAGGAUGUGGCCCAGCUCAAGACUGCCUCCGAUCUGAUGGUGCUGCUGCUUUUGGGAGAUGAGUCCAUGCAGAAGCUGUUUGACGCGGGCAAGGGCAGUGUGUUCGAGAGGGUCCUUUCCUGGGUACCAUCCCACAACCACCAGCUGCAGUUGGCAGGGGCACUGGCCAUUGCCAACUUUGCCCGCAACGAUGGUAACUGCAUACAGAUGGUGGAAUCAGGCAUUGUUCAGAAGCUUCUGGAGCUGCUGGAUCGCCACGUGGAGGAGGGUAACGUCACCGUGCAGCACGCCGCGCUCAGCGCCCUGCGCAACCUGGCCAUUCCUGUGGUGAACAAGGCUAAAAUGCUGUCAGCUGGUGUGUCAGAUACGGUGUUGAAGUUCCUCCCGUCAGAGAUGCCUCCUGUCCAGUUCAAACUGCUGGGGACGUUACGCAUGCUCAUCGACACACAGGUGGAUGCGGCAGACCAGCUGGGGACCAAUUCCAAGCUUGUGGAGCGUCUGGUAGAGUGGUGUGAGGCCAAGGACCAUGCAGGAGUCAUGGGAGAGUCCAACAGACUGCUCUCAGCUCUAAUCCGCCACAGCAAAUCAAAGGACGUCGUAAAAACAGUCAUCCAGGGGGCAGGUGUGAAGCACUUAGUAGUCAUGGCGAUGAGCGAACACAUGAUCAUGCAGAACGAGGCGCUGGUGGCUCUGGGCCUCAUCGCCGGGUUGGACCUGGUGGGGGCUGAAAAGGACUUUGUCGGGGCUGGCCUGGUGCAGGUGCUCCAUAAGCUGCUCUCAGACGAGAGGACCGCCCCGGAGAUCAAAUACAACUCCAUGAUCCUCAUCUGUGCGGUCAUGGGCUCAGAGCCUCUCCAUAAAGAAGUGCAGGGCCUGGCCUUCAUCGACGUGGUCUCCAAGCUGCGGUCGCACGAGAACAAAACGGUGUCCCACCAGGCAUCGCUCACAGAGCAGAGGCUAACGGCACAGAGCUAAAGGACUCUUAAUGCCCGCAAUCCCCCACUCCCCCCAAUGCCUGCCUCAUAGCCAAUCCCUGCCCCCCUUCCCUCUCUCUCCAGAACUUCCCUCUGUGUGUCCUAUCAUCACGUGCCAAGGUAUCCUGUCCCUUUGCCCCUGCCUUACAGCCUGCCUUUAGCCUGCCUUCCCACACUACCGCCGCUCACGCAUGCGUACUCCUCCAUAAUAAAAACAAGACAGCCUUUUCUUUCUGCAAUAGACAUACAAAGAGAACACUUUAUGACCAUAGCUGUGAAACCCGUUGAAAAACAAUACAAAAGAACAAAAAAAACUGAGUAGGUUGGUCUGAAAACAAACUAAGCUGCCAUGCAUCCAUCCUAUGUCCCAUCGUAGCUUGAGUUGAAGACGAACUGCAUGUUUUAGUCCAGUUGAUGGUGUAUCCAUGUUCAUUUUGACCCUCGCAUACCCAAAACCACAGCCCUGGGCAGAUCUUCCAGAGCUGAGUAGAGUUCAGUCAUGUUGUACUUAAACUGGCGUUUCAAAGGAGUUUUCUUGAUAAUCCCAACCGAUCCCUCUCUAUUCCCUUAACUUUCAUACAAACCCGAUUUAAACUUAACUUGCUGUCUCAAACAACCUUACUGUUAUAUCAAGGGUAUGUUUAGAAUGGGGAAAUGUUACAGAAUGUUCAGAUGUAAAUAUAUUAUGUAGAACAGAUAUGACCGUCUGUCAAGUAGAAUAGGGAAUUGUGUUAACUAAAUGUGUUAGAUUUCUAUCUGCAAUGUUGUAAAUGUUUAACCCCAACUGAACAUACCCUAGGCUGACUCCACUAGCAUGUAAUAAUUCUCACCUAAACAUUGAGGAAUCCUGUGUAAGUUACAAGUUAUAUCCCCCAGAUGAACAGUCACUCUCUCCCUGGUCUCUGAGUGUACAGUGAAGCAGUCAGCCCUACCAGGUGCGUAGUAUAUGUCUGGAUGGAUUAUGAUGAGCCAGGUGCGCCAGGAAAGACCGAUUUUGGGGGGGUGUCUUUUUUGCGUAGCGCUGCACAUUUCAGAAGAUUUCUAUAUCAUAUUAAUGUGGUUCCUAAGUUAUUUAACACUUCUCCAGGUGUUGUGAGAUCUGAUCAUCUAUAUAACGCGACUGCAAAAGAGAUGAACUGGAACGUCACCGUCGAUUGGAAUCUGGCUGCAUCGUUUCACAUAGUCACUGUGGUCUCCCUGACAGCUAUGAGAACCUCCCCAUAACCCUGUCAGAAUGGGCCAAUCCAGACAGCCAGAGAAGAUCCCCCCGUCUAUGUGUGGUACCUCUCUAUGGUUUAUCCCAGCCAGCGCUUUGUUUGCAUGUGUGAUGGUUUCUCUCCCACUCCAAGUAUCGAGAACAUGCCCAUUCCAGCAUGAUGGAUACUGCGUUAGGCAACGUCUGGUGACAUAGGCGUUUUUUUUUAAAUAUAAAUUAUUUGUUUACUAAUCGGUCUUGUUAAAUUUGUUUUUUUUGUCAGGUAUGAAUGGUAAUUUCAGAUUUGUAACUUUACAAAGACACAAUCAAAUCAAGACGUAACUACAAACUAACUGCGUUACGGUAUGUUUGUUGUAAAUGUCAUUGUUGUACAUUUGGAAGAUCGUAACUCAAACAGAUAAUUAAAGAUGAUUGCUGGCGAUAA